AUGAAGGUCACGAUACGAGAAUGGAACGCCGUCGCCGCCUGGCGCUGGGACAUGCCCGACGACGAUGUCUGCGGAAUCUGCCGAAACCCGUACGAUAGUACUUGUUCCAAAUGCAAAUUCCCUGGCGACGAGUGCCCGCUACUACUCGGCGAAUGCAACCACUCCUUCCACAUGCACUGCAUCUUCUCGUGGCUGAAGCAAGAAAGCUCCCAAGAGAAGUGUCCCAUGUGUCGACAGCCUUUCAAAUCGAAAAGCCAAGAUGCGCCUGCUGCUGGGGAUCAGCAAGCUCGGGAACCAGACACCAGUCCACUGUAA